ACAACACAUUCAGCGAAAACUUGGUUUCACCUCUUCGCCGGAUCCGACCCAAUAACAUUUCCCCCUCCCUCUUGCUCUGGUGAACCGGUCUCUCCAUUUUGGGGCGCUGCACUGAUAUGAUAUUGAGGCAGUCCCAACAUCAGAAUCAAAUCUAUCUCUGUCCCAUUUGACAUUCCAGAUUGAACUUGCAUCAGGACGAGUGAUAGCUUAGUCUGUGGAUGAGAUUGUUUAUCUCCCUUUGAUUAUGUUGGUUCCUUGAGCUACCCAGAUGAACUUGCAUCAGGACGAGUAUGUUACGAUUUUCCCGUUUAACCCAAACGAAAGCAACGGCAUCAUUGUAUCUCGUUUAGAAUUUUAGAAAUUAGAACCCAAAUUCUUCUCGACUCUUUACUUUGUGUCUUCGGUGAUAGAAUUUAUUUGAACUUGCGUCGCCUUUUCUCUUGAAGCCGUGUUUUGUUGUCAAUCUGUUGAGGAAGUUUCUGGGUAUCUAAGCGUCACUUUUUUUUUUCCCCCUCAAUGUAUUCAAGUGUCAAAUUUUUGGAUGAAGCUAAAGAAAGUAUUUUUGGGAAAUCCAGCUUAGCUGUGGAGGAAUUUUAUAAAUGUCGGAUAAUUAAGGAGAUCCCAGAUCAAUUUUAAGUUUAACGGGCUCUGUUCACACUCUAGUUCGUAAUGACUGUUUGUCAAGCUGGCAAAGUGGGGCUUCCAUUAAUGAAUCUAGUAAGAAUUAAAGGAAUGCCCAUUUUGAAGCAGCUACAUCUGGAGGAACAGCUUCUUCGGACUUCAUCAGAUAAUUGGUGCAUUAUAAAUGAUGGCACAAAUGCUCCUGCCAUCGUCAUGGGGAUAUCUGGGAAGCCUUCCGAACUUCUUGAGAUCAGGCAUGUGUUACGAGAUCAGGUUCCCGUCAUUAGAAGGUUCACCGGAGGUGGCACUGUUAUUGUUGACAAUGGGACUAUUUUUGUCACUUUAAUAUGCAACAAGGAUGCUGUUCCUGCUGUACAACCCUAUCCCCGUUCCAUCAUGUCUUGGAGUAAUCUUUUCUACGGCCAGGUUUUUCAAGGGAUUGGUGAUUUCCAACUACGCGAGAAUGAUUAUGUGUUCGGUGAUCGCAAAUUCGGUGGAAAUGCUCAAUCUAUAACCAAAAGCCGGUGGAUACACCACACAUCCUUUUUAUGGGAUUAUGAGGUAGGGAACAUGGCUUUUCUAAAACAGCCUGCACGAGCUCCUAAAUAUCGACUGGCAAGAGACCACGAUGAAUUUAUUUGUCGAAUGAAGGACUAUAUGUCUAGAUCGGAUUUCAUUGAGAAAACUGUCGAGGCUGUUGAAGCUCAUUUCUCCUUGAAACAAGUUAGCUUGGAGACAAUCGCUGCCCCUGACGCAUCAGGAUUUGUUCACUCCACUCAGCUUCUCACGAAGCAUGAACUUGAGGAAGCUUUGUAAUCUCCAUCUAAGAUUUUGAUUCAUAAUCUUUGAGUCAUUAUCUGAAAGGCAAUUUGUUUUAGCCAAGAAUAAGGUUCUUGUUAUUUUGAUUUUUUUCCACCCAUUCUUGCAUUUUAAACUCAUCUUCUGCAAUAUUAUCUACUUGUCUCCAUUGACAAACAGAAAUGUCUAUUUUGACAUGGAAAUUUUAAUAAAAACACUUCCUUUGUGCC